CACAAAGACGAAUGGAGGCAUCAGGAGACAUGAGCCACGCGUCAAGCGUACUCCUCUGUUAUAAUAAUAAAGUGCUCAUUUAUUACACAUGACGCCAUGCGAUACGUGACUGUGACGUGAUGUGUGAGACGUCCAUUGAACAUUAACGAAGUAACGGAAAAGACCAAAUUAUUUUAACAAAAGACUAAUAUAUGUAUUUUAUUUAUUUAAUUCUUAUUAUUGCAUAGAUUCAGACUUGAUACAGCAGGGGAUUAAUAUUUUUUAAAACUUGUUUGUCUCAGCACGUCACACAGUAAUCAUAAUUUUCUAUAUCAAAAUGAGUGAGACAGAAUCAAAAGAUGACUUAGAAUCUGUCAUUAAGAUUCAGACCUUUGUAUUUUUUGAUUUGGAGACGACAGGUUUCAUUCAUGGCUCUAGUGUGCCCAGAAUAACCGAAAUAUCUCUCAUUGCAACGUCAAGAGAUUCCUUACUCAGUACGGACCUUACCUUGCCCAGAGUUUUGCACAAGCUCCUAAUCCCGCUGCAACCUAUGCGACUCAUUCCAUUGGAAAUUUCUAAAAUAACAGGUCUCUACAACGAUUUACUGGAACAUGAGAAGUCGUUUGAUCACCAUGCAUCCGACUUAUUGAACUCUUUUAUCAGUAGGCUACAUCCUCCGGUAUGUUUUGUGGCUCACAAUGGAAACAGAUUUGACUACCCGAUUAUUUUGUCUGAGUUGAAUCGUAUCGGAGGGACUUUAUCCAAGAAUAUUUUAUGCGUUGAUUCGUUAGAUGCGUUUAAAAAUUUCUUCAACCACGGUCAUCCUGACGAAAGUAAGAAACCUGUUGCUCCGUUAAUUGUAUCCAGCGAUGAGAGUACAACAUUCUUUGAUGACGGAUGCGACGCAGAACUCUCUGCAGCCCUCGAUGCAUGUGAGGUCUCUUCAACGUCUCUAAGAAAUGAGUGCGUUGAUGUAAAAUACGUACAGUCAAGGCAAAAAUUAAAUGAGACAACACCAACGCAUCAGAAAAGCAAUCCAAUGAAUAUUAAACCACGUAAGCCCUUCAAGAACAAAGAUGGAUCACUAGCUAAAAAACGAUUGCCAUUUACCUAUGGUCCGCCCACUAAUUUCAAAUUGGAAACACUAUAUAGGCACCUCAUAGGUGUUGAUCCACGCAAUUCUCACUCUGCAGAGGAUGAUUCUUUAUCGCUGCUUACCUGCGUACUCAAAAUUGGUGGUUCGUUCGUUUCUUGGGCAGACCGCAAUGCUAGUCCAUUGAUUCGAUGUGCAAUAAAAAAGCAGUGUUGGGCAAAAUUGUAAUAAAAAAUUAACAAUUACAAAUCACUAAGAAUAAUUUUUAAUG